AUGGCGGCCAACCCCGCCCUGGCCGCCCAGUUUGCUGCCCAGCAGCAAGCGAUGAUGGCCCAGCAGGCGCGAGCCAUGGUGGCGGCGCAGGCGGCGGGCCGCCCGGGCGCCCCCACCGCUUCCAAAAGCGCCCACGGCGCUAUGAAGAGCGCGGCGGCGGUGGCGGGCCCUGCAGCGGCAGGCGUCGUGCGCGCCGUGGAGGCUGUGCCGGCCAAGAAGUCUGGGCCGGGGCGCAAGCGCAAGGCGAUGGACCAGCGCCUGCCCGACCGCGGCGACCUGCUCAUCCCCGACUCGCCGCUGUUCACGCAGCUGCAGGACGCAGAGCGGCGGGUCGACAUGCUGAUCAGCCGCAAGAAGCACGAGCUGCAGGAGAUGUACGCCUCGUUUCGCAGGGGCCCGCCCGGCACUGCACAGGCCGCCGGCUCGGCGCGCCGCAAGCUGCGCGUCUACAUCCGCUCGGAGCAUCUGCACCAGCAGAACGCGGCCGAUGCGGCAGAGGCGCCCUCCUGGGUGCUCACCAUCUCGGGGCGCCUGAUCGGCAAGGACAAGGCGGCGGAUGCGGCGGCAGAGGAGGGCGGGCAUGGGCACCACCACAAGCACGCCUUCACUCACUACGUGCGGCGGCUGGCGGUGCAGCUGGACCCUGGGCUGUACCCAGGGGAGUCGGGGCGGCUGGUGUGGGACAAGGCGCUGCACGACCGCGAGCAGCGCGACUCCAUCCAGCUGCGACGCCUGGGCAGCCGCCCCUGCGAGGCCACCAUCACCCUGGAGCUGGACCACCAGCCGGUGCAGUACCGGCUGAGCAGCGCGCUGGCGGGGGCGCUGGCGCUGCGCGGCCUGCACAGCAUGCCCUUUGUCAUGCAGAUGCUUUGGGGGUACAUCAAGGCCAAGCAGCUGUACGAGCCCAGCGACAAGGGCUCUGUGUGCGUGCGGUGCGACGAGCGGCUGCGCCCGCUCUUUGGCACCGACAGCGUGGAGCUGGGCAAGAUGGCAGAGGCGCUGAAGCAGCACCUCACGCUGCCAGAGCCCGUCAAGCUGCAGUACACCAUCAAGCCCGACGGCUCAGCAGCACCGCACCCAGACUGCUAUGAUUUCGAGGUGGAGGUGCCGCUCAGCACGGAGCUGCCGCCGUAUGCUCUCAAGGCGGGCGCGGGGCGGGAGGUGGAGGGGCUGGACCUGGCGCUCGACGGCGUGCUGACGCGGCUGGCGGAGCACCGCCGCCGCCGCACCUACCUGCUGGCCUUUGCGCAGAACCCCGCCGACUUUGUGCAGGCGCUGGUGGCGGCGCAGGGGCGCGAGCUGCGGCUGGCUGCCAGCAAGGAGGGCGAGGCUUACGAGCUGAUGGCCACAGGCGAUGUGUUCCGUGAGCGGUGGGUGGAUGAUUGCGUGAUGAAUCACCUUGCUAGGAAGCAGCAGCACGCGGUGGCGCAGCAGGCGGCAGCCCUGGCAGAGCAGCAGCAUGCGGUGCUCACCUCACAGCACCAGCAGGCGGCGGCGCUGGCAGCAGCAGCCGUGCAGCAGCAGGCCGCAGCGGCGGCUCUGGCUGCACAGCAGCAGGCGGCCAGCGCAGCGACGGGUGGGGCGGCGGGAGCACCGGCAGCACCAUCGGCCAUUUCGCUUCAGCAGCAGGCCGCGGCGCAGCAGGCGCUGCAGCACCGGUUGCAGCAGCAGCAGCAAGCCAUGGGACAGCCUCCGCGCACUGGCACCGGCUCGUGACCCACCUGUCAUGCGCAGCUGUCACAGCCCCUCCUCCAUGUCUUUGCCAGUGCCCCUGCAUUUGCAUGCCACUCCGUAACUAUAGUUCACAAUC